CGCCCUCCCUAACGAUCUCUGCAGUGGCAUCUCACUGAUUUCACUCUCACAUCUCUCUCUCUCUCUCUGUAACAUCUCGUCUUCUCACUCUCUCUCUCUCUCUCUCUUCUCACUGGUGCUGCUCCGGCGAGUGUGGAGGUUCCACUGGCAGAGCAAUGUUCUACUCCCACCAGCUCUUAGCUCGGAAAGCUUCGCUGGGGCAGAUAUGGAUGGCCGCGACUCUGCAUGCAAAGAUUAACAGGAGGAAGCUGAACAAGAUCAACAUCAUAAAGAUAUGUGAAGAGAUCUUGAACCCGUCGAUUCCAAUGGCUCUCAGACUGUCCGGGAUACUGAUGGGUGGAGUCGUGAUUGUUUACGAGCGAAAAGUCAAGCUCCUAUACGAUGAUGUCUCCCGUCUUUUGGUGGAAAUCAACGAGGCAUGGAAGGUUAAGCCCGCCCCUGAUGGGAAAAUGCUGCCGAAAGGAAAGUUGCAGGCGAAGAAAGAAGCUGUUACUUUGCCGGAUCACCAAGAGGCAGAUGUUGAGGAUGUCGAGCGUGCCAUGAAUUAUUCUGACGGAAACACCGCCAUGGGGUUUCAGCAAACUGCCUACUUUGCCAUGAGGCUAGACAGCGUGAAUGAAACCGGCACCAAUGAGAAUCCUAAAGAAGAAGUAGAGUCUCUGCACUUUCACCAAGCUGAAGCUGCAAAUAUCACCUUGUGUGAACGUUUUGAUUCUUUCCAAACAGACAGAGAUCUAUUUAAUCACUUCGAGAGAUUUGAUAUUGAAGGGGAUGAUGAAACCCAGUUGAAUUUUGCUUCGGAUGGGCACACGCAUAUCUCUAGCAUUCAUGUGUCCUCAUCACCACAGCCGCCUAAUGAGCCUCCAAGAGCGGAUGAGAUCCAUGAUCAACACCCAGAUGAUCAAAUUAAUCAGCCAUCAGACAAAUGCAAAGAGGCUAGUCAGGCUAAAGGGAGGCCGGGACCAACAAAAAAGAGACCAAGAAGAUUGCCAACUUUUUUCAUGGAUUAUGAACAAACAAUAAUUCCUGGCCAUAUAUACCACUCGUGGAUACAGAACUCAUCAGAUAUUGUCUCCAGAAGAGGAAGAAAGAGAAAUCGACCGAGUGUCAUGUCUACUAUGAAGAUUGCCGACCUGAUGGAGCUGCCACCAGUGGUUCUAUCUUGUGGGUUAAUAGGUCCAAGCAGAGAAAUCCAUUACCCGGCACCUCUUAUGGAGCUAUGGACUAGAAGUAGCCAGCUUCCGCACGAAUCACCUUCUGGAAGGAACUCGGCACCGCCACCACCUGAGCCAUCAUCUUCAUCACCUCAAGAAAGAGCCGGUUAUCAAGAUUUCAUGCGAUUUCCUUUUGAAGACUACCAAACUGGAGUAGGGUCUGUGUCAGCGGGUGUUCCUAUUGAGAAACAACGGGCUCCUCCUGAAACCAAUGGAAUGCCAUCAGAAAUCAUCGUGGAAGGGCUAAGAGCCAAGAUUACGGACAAUAAUGGCGCAGGCCUUCCUGAUCCUCGCUUGUUGGUUACUCCUGGAAAUUCCGAUGAAGUAAGAUCCAUCCCAAGCUCAGGAUCGGCACAAGGCUUUGUUUCACAGAGUUCUGAGGUCAACUCUGGAAGAUCAAACCGGAAGCGGCCCUAUUCUUCAUCAAGAAACAGCAGCGGUGGCCUCGAACCAGUAGCAGAGGAGCACUCCUGGUUGAAUCCGGAUCCGAAUUUCAGGCUAUCAGGGUUAACCGAACGAGACCCAACACCAGAUCAAGAACUCUUGGUCGAGACUGGACCAACUCAAACCCCACAUCCGAUCAUCAGUCCUGCCAUUGAUAAGCUUACUGAUACUAUCCGAACGCAGAUGAAGGCACAUUUUGACACUCCCGGGGCUCCUCGAGUAGAAUCGCUGAACCACCUUGCUAGUGGGAUGAACAGGAAAGGGGCAGCUAUGCUCUUCUAUCAGACUUGCGUCCUCGCUACCCGAGACAUCCUCAAAGUCGAGCAAAAGGUCCCUUACGGGGAUAUUCUCAUCUCUAAAGGAGCAAAGAUGUGACUCAACUUCGCCAUCAACAAACAUCUCCGAUUUUCCUGCUUCUCGCCGAGAUUUUGUUGUGUUUACAUCAGGUUGAAGGGUAAAAACUGUAUACUCGAACUUUUUAAAGCUUCUGUGGUGCAUAACUAUCAAAUGUUUAUAGCUCUCUCUCGGAGUUCGCCCAUUGUAUAAACAUUAGACCUUAGGCGCCGAAGUAUUGCUCGUCUAUAUAUGACGCAAAUCCUAUUCCAUUUCAUAUGUUGUCAUUCUGAAUCUCUAUGAUAAAUUUGUUUAUAUCUUGGACUGCUUUAA